UUCCGCCCCGGCCCGGAAGGGUGAUGUGGCUGGACCAGCACCGGCCUCACUAUGUCUGCCAUUUUCAAUUUUCAGAGUCUGUUGACUGUAAUCUUGCUGCUUAUAUGUACGUGUGCUUAUAUCCGAUCCUUGGCACCCAGCCUCCUGGACAGAAAUAAAACUGGAGUAUUGGGAAUAUUUUGGAAGUGUGUCCGAAUUGGUGAGUGCAAGAGUCCUUAUGUUGCCGUAUGCUGUAUAGUGAUGGCCUUCAGCAUCCUCUUCAUACAGUAGCUUUGGAAACUACCAGUGUGUGAUUGCCAUCAGACUCUAUAAACAAGGACUUGCCUCCAGAAAAUAACGGGAAGAAUAGUUAUCCCUUUUAUCUCUGAACAUGAAAUGAGAUAAAUUUUGAGAUGUUGUUCUCUAUUUUUAUGCUUUUGGACCAAUGAGCUAUAUAAAUAAUUAAGAUGUAACAGUUUAAUACACAGAAAUGUGAUUAUAGCGAUCAACCUCAGUUCUGUCAUCCAGUAUUACACUCUGGCAAACGUCAUUCUGUUGUUGGGACUGCUUUUCAUAAGGUUCUUGAGGGCAUGAAGUAGAACCCAGAACUGGCGGAUUCCACAGGCUCCUUUCACUAGGGCUGAAAAUGUCUUCACAGAAUGAGACCUUCUAACAACUGGCCUAUUUUUAUUGAGAAAAAUUGUUCUAUUUUUGUUGUUACUGUUCUAUGGAUUGCAUUCAUAUUUAAACCAUUUUGAUUGCUAA